AUGGGCGAGAAUGGGGGCGGUGGGGGGGGGGGCGCCGGGGCGGGGUGGGGGUCGAGGAGAGCGGGAGGGAUCUUUGGGUAUGAGGAAGGGCGUGUAUGGGGUCGGGUGGAUGGGGGGGGUGGGGGUCUGGGGAGCGGGGGCGAGGGGGGGGUGGGGGUGGGGAAGAGGGGACUCGGGUGGACUGGGGGUGCGUGUGACGAAGGGAAACGGUUGAGUGUCGUGGGGGAGGCGCCCGGGGGGUGA